AACGGGUUCUCACCAGCAUUAGUCGUAAACUGUUGUAAAUUUUGUUGCGUUUACAUGUGCGCUCGCAGUCGUAGGCAGUUGGACGGAUGUCAAUAUUUCUUGCAUGUGAAAAUCAAUCGGAGUUCGACGUACUGAUACAGAAUAGUGUAAUCGAACGGCUUCCAUGGAGAUACUUCAGAAAUUGAAUCCUUAAUACGAAGCUGCCAACACCCGACACGACACGACACAUAUUCCACUAUCUCUCUGUGCCUUUAUACAAAAAAAAGUGAACAAAUUCAUUAAAUAUAUGGGCAAGUCAGAGCACGCUACGCCGCUUGCUUUACCAUAUUUAUGUACAUAAUAUAUACGAUUUUGGGUUUCGUGGGUUUCUCUGUCAACCUCCAACAUACAACGCAAGCUGCAGCUUUUGAACAAAUUCUUCUUCAAUCCGGUAUCUUUGAGGGGCACGAUAGAUAGACGCUAUUCAAAUUUUGGACAUUCAGCAUUGCUUGCAAUUCUGUAGUGCGGGAGAAUGUAAAUUGAGUUCGUUUACUGUUUUCAUAUUGCACCUUUGAGGAACCCUUAGUGGUUUUUGCGUCAGUUUUUACCCCUUCAUGUCUCCAGCAUCCACUUUCUGUCGGGCAGUGCAAAUUCAAUUGGUGGCCCAUCGUGUCUGAUGCCAGAUUGGGUUUUGUUUAAUAUGUAUUUCUCAGAAGAAACAUUGUAUGUUACUAUCGACUUAGCUUUGCAUUCAAGGAGCUGGCGGUAAUUUCAAAAUGUGGAUAAUAUGGAACGGACCAGAGUUAAUAUGAGGUUGCGUUGCUCUGGUUCAACACACUCCGAGGAAUCAGCUCUGGAUCUUGAAAGAAACUGUUGCAGUCAUUCUAAUAUGCCUUCAUUAAGUCCACCAACAAUACAACCCUUUGCAUCAGCUGGACAGCACUGUGAGAGCACUGCCGCUUACUUCUCAUGGCCAAAUUCAAGCCGACUAAAUGAUGCUGCUGAAGAGAGGGCAAAUUACUUUUCAAAUUUACAGAAAGGGGUGCUACCUGGAACUCUUGGCCGGUUGCCUGAAGGACAGCAAGCGACAACAUUGCUUGAACUCAUGACCAUCAGGGCAUUUCAUAGCAAGAUAUUGCGUUGCUACAGUCUUGGCACAGCAAUUGGAUUUCGUAUUCGACGGGGUGCUUUAACCGACAUACCAGCUAUUCUUGUUUUCGUAUCCAGGAAAGUUCACAAGCAAUGGCUCAGCCCCAUCCAGUGUCUUCCUACUGCCCUAGAGGGACCUGGUGGUGUAUGGUGUGAUGUGGACGUUGUAGAAUUCUCGUAUUUUGGUGCACCUGAGCCUGCUCCAAAAGAACAAUUAUACACUGAGAUUGUAGAUGAUUUGCGUGGUGGUGAUCCAUGUAUUGGUUCGGGUUCUCAGGUGGCUAGCCAGGAGACAUAUGGAACCUUGGGUGCUAUCGUGAGGAGCCAAACAGGCAACCGGCAAGUUGGUUUCCUGACAAAUCGGCACGUUGCAGUUGACUUAGACUACCCAAAUCAGAAGAUGUUUCAUCCUCUGCCUCCAACACUUGGACCUGGGGUGUAUCUUGGUGCAGUGGAGAGAGCUACCUCAUUUAUCACAGAUGAGCUUUGGUAUGGUAUCUUUGCUGGAAUAAACCCAGAGACAUUUGUUAGAGCAGAUGGUGCAUUCAUUCCUUUUGCCAAUGAUUUUGACAUGUCAACCGUUACUACAUCUGUGAAAGGUGUAGGAGAAAUUGAUGACGUCAAAAUUAUAGACUUGCAGUCUCCAAUUAGUAGCCUUAUUGGGAAGCAGGUCAUGAAGGUUGGAAGAAGUUCUGGCUUGACCACUGGAACCGUAUUGGCCUAUGCUCUCGAGUACAAUGAUGAGAAAGGCAUAUGCUUCUUAACUGAUUUCCUUGUUGUGGGUGAGAACCAGCAGACUUUUGACCUUGAAGGAGAUAGUGGAAGCCUCAUCAUGUUAAAGGGUGAAAAUGGCAAGAAGCCACGACCAAUUGGAAUCAUAUGGGGUGGAACUGCUAACAGGGGCCGACUUAAACUCAAAGUUGGCCAACCUCCCGAAAAUUGGACUAGUGGGGUUGAUCUUGGGCGCCUUCUCAAUCUCCUUGAACUUGAUCUCAUCACAUCUGAUGAAGGACUCAAAGUUGCAGUGCAAGGACAAAGAGCUAUGUCAGCAACAGCAAUUGGGUCGACCGUCGGGGACUCCUCACCACCUGAUGGAAUGCUGAUGAAGGACAAAGUUGAGGAUAAAUUUGAACCACUGGGUCUUCAGAUUCAGUACAUCCCACUGGAAGUAGAAGGCAACAGCCCAACAGUGAAACCAUCACUAUUGGUAACAGAAUUUCAUUUGGAAGAUGGGAUCAAGGUGGCUCCUAGCGUUGAGCAUCAGUUCAUUCCAAGCUUCACCCGAUGGUCCCCUCUACAUAAAAAUAAUACACAGUUUAGGGCUGUUUCAGAGAAUCUCUCUUAUUUGAGAAGUGGCCGUGAUGAAGAUGUAUGUGUUUCGUUGCACCUGGGUGACAAUGAUGUUAAGAGGAGGCGUUCAGAUGCUUCAACAAGUGCAGAAGAACCAAAAUGAAUCUGUAUUAUGUCAAAACUUUCUAACCCUUGAUUACAUGUUGAUGUUGUGUAUAAAUUUCAGCUCAAACAAUGAGCUGGGUCUACUGAAAUCUGGACCAUCAAAGUUAGCCCUUGUGAUGAUGCCCUAGAAAUAUUCAUGAAUCCGGAUUCCCUUUGUUAAGCUCCUGAAUCAAAAGAUUUACCGUCUUUAUCAACUUUGCUAAUUCAGGUGUUUGAGACAAUUUAUGAAAGAUGUAGGGAAUGUUGCUCCA